UGCCUUCACAAAUUUGUCACAUUGUCUCACUGAUUCCUCACUCCGAGUGCGUCCCAGGUUCACCAGAUAUCUGGGGAAGAAAGGAAGAUGUCGAGCUCUCAGUGUUUUGAGAACCCACCAAACCUGAGCUCAACUUGUGGAGAAGGACGUGUUGAAGAGCUUGCAGGCCUCAAAACUUACGUCACUGGCCCUUCCGAUUCCAAGCUCGCUGUUAUUCUCAUCGCCGAUGUUUUUGGGUAUGAGGCUCCUAAGCUGAGGAAACUCGCAGAUAAGAUUGCAUCCGCGGGAUUCUUGGUGGUUGUACCCGAUUUCUUUCACGAAGAUCCCGUUAUUGAUUUCACUAGUCCUAAUUUUAAUAGAGAAGCUUGGUUUAAGAAUCAUGGCACGGAUAAAGGGUAUGAAGAUGCCAAGCCUGUGAUUGCCGCUCUUAAGAGCAAAGGUGUGUCUGCCAUUGGGGCUGCAGGAUUUUGUUGGGGAGGAAAGGUGCUAGUGAAAUUAGCAGGCACUGAAGACAUUCAAGCAGCAGUUAUUCUGCACCCUGGUCGUAUGACCGAAGAUGAAAUCAAAGCCGUCAAGAUUCCAACUGCUAUAUUGGGAGCCGAGAUCGACCACUCUUCCCCGCCUGAAGACCUGAAAAAGUUUGGGGAGAUCAUGUCGGCCAAAACUGAAUUCGAGAGUUAUGUGAAGAUAUUCCCUGGUGUUAGUCAUGGAUGGAGUGUGAGGUACGACGACAGCAACGAACUUGCUGUCAAGAGCGCCGAAGAGGCCCAAGAGGACACGUUGAAUUGGUUCUUGAAGCAUGUCAAGUGAAGAAGAGAAGAAAAGGCACCGAAGCAGAACAUAGCGAGGGCAGCAGCAGAUGACUGCACCGUGAGAUUCGUACAAUUGCAGGACUAGUCAUCUGUUCUGGACUAGUCAUCUAUUGUAAUAAUGUUUUUUUUUUUUGCUAAAAUCUAUUGUAACAAUGUUUGGCGAGGAAACAGUGUACUGUACUGCUGUUACUUAGAGAAAUAAGAUAUCGGUUUCGUGGCUUGAACUUCGAAGAUUGAAAAUGAAUUAUGUCGUGUCAA